AUGAAUCCUGAUCGGCAAGCCAUGAUCGAUGGGUCCAAGUCACCGCGCAAAGAUAGAGACCGGGACAUCACAGCACCGCGCUACGACUCGUCGAACCGAAUUGCGAAGCCCUAUCGCCAGCCCCCGCCCAGAAAUAACGCGACAGCCGCUGCCGGCAGGUACCUUACGCAGGACCAGCAGUCAGAACAGUUCAUUGCCGACGAGGACAAGUUCGUUCUGAAGCAGGCCAAGAAAAAAUCCGACAUCCGCGUCCGCGAGCAGCGCGCCCGGCCCAUCGAUUAUUUGGCCUUUGGCCUGCGUUUUAUCGACCCCGACCGCGACGCCUUUGAUGACGACGAAGACGACGUCGAGAUUCAAAUACCUUCCCCAGAGGCCGUGGUGCAGGGCCUGAAUGAAGCCAAGCUAAAGGAGUUGGAAGAGGACGUACAGUCUUACCACAGUCUCGAGCACAACCCACGGAACAAAGAGUACUGGGCGGCCCUGCUCACACUCUGCUCGGACCGCCUCCAAAAAUUGAAACCACAAGGCCCGGAAGGGCGAGCCGUGACCUCGGUUGCAUCCGACGUCGACCGGAUUCUCAGUCCAAAGACCCUGGAACAAUUGGAAGCAUUGGAAAGACAGAUCAAGGCCAAGCUCCGGUCAGACGAGGCCAUCGACACGGACUAUUGGGAGGCCUUGCUAAAGAGCCUGCUAGUGUACAAGUCCAAGGCCACGUUGAAGAAUAUGUGCGCUGUGAUCAAGGAGGCUCGGGUUGAGAUGCUUAGGGCUCGGGAUCCGGAACGGGCGUCGGCGUUAGAAGCUUCCGAUGGAUUUUCCGGCGGCGUCCCCGAUCUCUCGUCGGGAUCCAGUAAAGCCGUCACCAAGCCGGCCGCUUCGACCACAGCGGCCCCGGCCAGUUCCAGCGCGCCGCCGCCAGGGACUGCUCGGUUUGCGUCGGCAGGGAAUGAGGACUUUUCGCAGGCAACCAAGGCAUUAUAUGAUCGAGAAGUCGCACGCGGGGUCGGCGAAGGCGAGGAGAUCUUUGCCGCGGAAGAAGCAGUUCCGGGCAUCCAGAAGCCUCUCUGGGCCGACAAGUACAGGCCCAGGAAGCCGCGCUACUUCAACCGCGUGCUGAUGGGGUACGAGUGGAACAAGUACAACCAAACCCACUACGACCACGACAAUCCGCCACCAAAGGUCGUCCAGGGCUAUCGGUUCAACGUUUUCUACCCUGACCUCAUCGACAAGAUCAAGGCUCCGACAUUUAAGAUUAUCCGUGAGCAUGGUCGCCGGAAGGGCGAGUCGUUUGCCCCCGCGGGCAAGGAGGACACAUGUCUCAUCCGUUUCAUCGCCGGCCCGCCCUACGAAGAUAUCGCCUUCCGAAUUGUGGACCGGGAAUGGGAUUACAGCGCCAAGAAGGAACGAGGGUUCAAGAGCAGUUUUGACAAGGGUAUCCUGCAACUGCACUUCCAGUUUAAGAAGGUCUAUUACCGCAAGUAA